UGCCAGUCUUUGGUGAUAAACUGAUAAUUCAUGUACUUGAUAUUGUAUUGCGUAAUCGUUUAGUUUGUUGAUUUACAGUUUGUCGAUCUUGUUCUGGAGUUUUUCUGCACCUCACAAAUUAAUUCUGAUUAUGCGAAAAGGCUUCGCGGGCGCCAUGCCACCGGCUGGCACGCCUUCGACAUCUUCAGGCGCCGCUGCCAGCAGCGACCAUCCCGAAGAACUCGGAUUUGGUCGCUAUCCUAACGUUAACCAAUUUGUCCGGAGUCUUCGGAAGAAGCUAACUGGCAUCGUGGAGGCCUCGCAGACGAUUCCCCAAGGCGAAAUGAACUAUUUAAUCUGCAGUACUUAUCCCGACUUCGAGGAACGCGCAUCAGCGGCCACCAUUCACAUAGCGCAGAUGUUGAAGAAGCUGUCAAUAUACCAUGGCGUGCCUUCCGUCACCCAUCGCUUGUUCGACAGUCCCUCGAAUAAAGCCUCGGUUCUUCAAGGCAUUCAGGAAACCACCAAGCAGUUCAAAGAACGGAUGGAUCUGACGAUGGAUGAGUUAGCCCGGGUGAAAGAGGAAAACGCUUCCGUUAGCGAACAAGCAUCGGCCAAAUUUCCGGUUGCUGGUGCUUUGCUAAAAGGAAAUCAGAAAUUCCCAACCAAAACUCCCAGUGUGCCUCGGCCGCAAGUUGUCCACGGCUGGAUUAUUGACAACAGCGAUAAACCCUUUGUGCCUAAACUGCAAACGAAACACAACGCCUUGCGCUCCCUAGAUUAUUCUAUGAAAGGCUGGAGGGACGGUGGUGAAGCCCCGCAUCCGUACGAAUUUGAAUUGGAUGUCUUCCAACCGGGACCAAAUGCGCAGAUUAUGAAAGAGCCACAGUCAGCGCCUUCGCCGGACGAUACUCCGUUUGUGUAUGUUGAUACCACCGAAGCACUCUACGGAAUGUUGAAGGAACUGCGAUCUGUAAAGGAAAUUGCCGCUGACCUGGAGCAUCAUUCCUAUCGCACAUAUCUCGGUAUCACUUGCUUAGUCCAGAUUUCUUCUCGAUCAAAGGACUACAUCAUUGAUGCCAUUGCCAUUCGGAAUCACAUGCAUGAACUGAAUGACAUUUUCACUAAUUCGGAAAUUCUGAAGGUAUUUCACGGUGCUGAUUCUGAUGUGCUGUGGUUGCAACGCGAUUUCGGGAUCUACGUGGUCAAUAUGUUCGAUACCGGUCAAGCUGCGCGUGCAUUAGGGUUUUCGAGAUAUUCUUUGUCGCAUUUGAUGUCCCGGUAUCUCGGCAAAACUGUGGAUAAAACUCAUCAGUUGUCCGACUGGAGAAUACGGGCUCUUCCAGAUGACAUGCUGGAGUACGCACGUUCUGACACCCAUGAUUUGCUUUAUAUCUAUGACUGUAUUCGUAAUGAGUUACUGACAAAAGAUCCCAGUAAGCGAAUGUUACUUGAUGUCUACAGCAAAAGUAAAGAGAUCUGCCUAAAGCGCUAUGAGAAAACCAAGUUGGAUGAGAACGAUUUUGCCUUGGUCAUGUGGAAGUUUGCCAAAAAUUUCUCUGAACAGCAAAAAUUUGCACUGAAACGAAUAUUGGAGUGGCGUGAUCAGGUGGCACGGGAUGUGGACGAAAGUUUGGGGUACGUCCUUCCAACCAAAGCCUGCAUUGACAUCGCCGAAAGCUUACCGAAAUCUUCCGAAGAUCUGGUGCGCUGUGUGGAAUUUGUCCCGCCAGUGCUAAAGCAGCGCAUGCAGCAUAUUCUUAAUAUUGCAAAAGAUGCCAGGAAUUUCACCGGUGUGGUGCCUAUGCCAGUCGGCGCCCAGGUACGAAUGGAGGAGCAACCCGAGGAAGUUAUAGAACGACCUGUUUCCAGACCUUUAACGGUUACUGAAUUCGCCCGGCUGCAUUUGGACGAACAGCCAUCACUGAGAGAUUUGGAGUUGAUAUAUGAUUGCAGAACACCGAAAGUAGUGCAUAAUCCGGAAUGGGAUCUAUUCCGGCAGAUAUGGGAAUACUCACUGACUGUCAAAGCGACGGAGAAAGUCGACACGCAACCCGCUGAACCUUCGGUCCUUUAUGUGCCGGCCUCAACGCCCAAACCGCUGCCUGUCAUUGACGUGGCGGAUAUUGCUUCAAAGAAAAAGGACAAACGCCUCCGCCACAUCGAUCAGGCUGCUGUCGACGUUAUCGCUCAAACAGGAAAACUGACCGUUGCCCAAGGAGAUGAGCCAGUUAUUGUGGCGGAAGUGAAGAAGCCGGCCACGGCAGCGCAAAAGCCGCGAGUUGAGAAGCGUAAAUCUCCUUUGAUUGUGCACCCUGCCGACGCCGAUGAAUUGGCGAGCAAACGUGUGGCAUUUGAUUAUCAGAAUGCGGAUUAUUCCAAGUUCACUCUGCCCGCUAAACCGACGGGAAAAGAGCAGAAAGUGAACCGGCAGGGCGGCGGAGUGCGGGAUCCAAACAAGUCUUUCAACAAACAGAGGAAUAUCAGCUCAACUUUCCCGGCCAAGAUGUCUUCUAGAGGAGGAUUUCGCAAACCUGAAUAAGCAAAAUGUUUUGUUCCGGUUCGAAGUUUGUUGUUCGUAGUAAAUUUUGCUGCUGAAAUUUUAUUUUUAUGACGAAGUUUCAUGGUAGGGAGAAAUUGCUGACAUUUUGUGGACUGACGUGCACAUUGUUGCUGGUAUGGUUUUGUUAAAGGGAAGUGGAAAAAUUAAUAAAAGAA